UGGGGGCGGUAAUGCACCAAGUACCUGGUUUGUCACCCACCAAUUAAAUCAGAAGAAGGCUAACAAGCGUCGUAAAUAUAACUUUUUUUUUAUGAUUUAGAAGAAGCGUAUGCUCGUUGAUGGCUUCAGUACGAUAAAGAUGUUUUCCCACGUAAAGCUGUGAGAAAAGAACACAGAGGAGACUGGUCGUGUCCAACUGGUCCACCGUUGGAACUUUACAGCCAUGCCUGAAGUGCGAGAUCUUUCUGAUGCUUUGCCAGAAAUGCCCAUGGACCCCAUAACUGGAGUCGGAGUAGUAGCAUCCAGGAACAGAGCACCAACUGGAUAUGAUGUGGUCUCCACAACAACAGAUGGCCUGGAUGCCGACCUGUGGAAAGAUGGACUUUUCAAAUCCAAGGUGACACGAUACCUCUGCUUCACCAGGGUCUUCUCAAAAGAAAACAGUCAUUUAGGAAAUGUUCUUGUGGACAUGAAGCUGAUUGACAUCAAGGACACUCUUCCAGUGGGAUUCAUCCCAAUCCAGGAGACUGUUGACACCCAGGAGCAGGCCUUCAGGAAAAGGAGACUGUGUAUCAAAUUUAUUCCACGGGAUUCCACAGAGGCAGCUAUUUGUGACAUUCGCAUCAUGGGGCGGUCUAAGCAGGCACCUCCACAGUACACCUUUAUAGGAGAACUCAACAACAUGGGAAUAUGGUAUCGCAUGGGAAAUGUACCAAGAACCCAGGACUCGACACACACACCAACCACAAACAAUGUCCAGAGUGUUAAUUCUACGACCGGUUCUGGACCAACCCCAGCAGCUCCUAUGCUCAAGCAUAUUUCCAUGACCCUUCCUGCCAGUUUCAGAGGCAAGAACACUACCAGACCGGACUGCGAACACCAGAACUCCAGCCUGUAUGCUAUCUCAGCCAUGGACGGUGUGCCUUUCAUGAUCUCUGAGAAGUUUGCCUGUGCCGCAUCAGAUCUGCAGCAAGUGGAUCUGAUGGGAAUCACAAUCAAGUCACUGGCUGAAAUAGAGAAAGAGUAUGAUUACAGCUUCCGUAUAGAGCACAGCGCUGCGGCUCGGCUUCCACCCAGUCCCACACGGACCUCUCUCAGCUCCGAGGCCUGAGUACCUGCUCCCAACCAGCCUGACAGCACUCUUUCCUCAAGGACAUGCCAAUGGGAGAGAACUGUACACAACUACUGAGGACUUACAAACGGUGACACAGUGAGACAUGACAAAUAUCAUCUUCCUCAUAUCUGCUUUCCUCCUUUUUGGAAGAAAAAAAAACUGUUUUGAAAAGGGAAAUGAGCCUUGUAAAAAAAAGG